AUGGCGGCCGCUGCGGAGGAGAUAGAGGAGCAGGAGCUCGAGGGACGAAAUGGAGACGAGUCAGAAGAGUUUAACUCGGAUGACGCGGAGGGGGAAGGAGAAGACGGCGACGAGGAUGAUGACGAUGACGAAGACUCUGACGAUGAGUCGGAGUCGUCCUUCGACGAGAUGAGCGUCGGUGUCGCACUCGAGUUGCCCAAACGACAGAAUCGGGGAAAGAAGUAUACUCAACUUGUAGGUGAGGAAUUAGAGAAGGACCAGCAGUUUUGGGGGCACAAUACGUGGGAGGAAGAGGCCGUUGACGAGGACUACAACUGCAGCGAGGGAGAGGAGCAAUAUGCGUACUCCACCGACUCCGACUUCGACGACCCGGAAACAGACAAAUCGGACGAAGAGGUGGACGAAUCGCAAUUCAAGGAAAAGAAGAAGCGCAGGUAUGGGUCGUACGUGGAUCCUGCUCUACAGCGCAAUAAGCUCGUUCGCAAAACCAUAGACAAGCAAAACACGGAAAAAAGCCGUGGCGAUGAGGGUGGGCGAACUCGGCGCCAAUCGCAGCAGGCCCCGGAACCCGGCGUCAGCCGCUCCGUCAGGGCAUCUACCAAGUGGAAGACGGAAAUCACUAACGAAAUGGAACGCAUUCGUGGUAGUAGCAAACCGGCUGGCGGUGCUGCCGCGCAGAAAAAGGCGCCUAAAAAGCGAAGCAGCAUGACGCAGGAACAGCUCAUGGCUAACGCCCUCAAAACGGAGGCUGCGAACGCUCGGUCACUGGCGAAUCUGCAAGCAUGGGAAGACGAAAAGAAGUACUACGAAGACAUCAAGAAGUGGAACUACAAGGGCAGCUACGACAUCUGGGUGUGCUGGAACUCCCUACUGUCUAUCGUUACCAAGAACGAGACGGAGCAGGAAGUACAGCCAACUCCUCCUACGCACGUCACGGAGAAGCCGCUCAAGCUGUACAUGUUCACGAGCGGGAAGCUGCCCGAGUUCUACAACGAGCAGGAGAAGGCGCGGAAGCGACGAGACUCGGCGAAACAGCCUCUAUGUGCCAUUACAGGCAAGCCGGCGCGAUAUGUCGAUCCUCUCACCGGGCACUACUACAGCAACGAGGACGCUUACAACGCCAUCAGGAUGGGUCACGCCGAUCGCGAGAACCGGCGAAUGGCGGCCGAACUCGACCAGUUUGAAGAUAUGUUAGAAACGCUGUAUGAUAUCGAUUAA